GAAAAGUUGCUUUUUUACGGUGCCACUAAGGCUUUACUCCCAAGUCCCAAACAAAGGUCUCCCUCACUGACUGAUUAACGAACGCUUUCUAGACCGAAUCAUUACAACGAACUGACUCAAAUGAACGAUUCGUUCGCGAAUCGGAUAGCACUACGUUGGAGAACCAUGGCGGUGAAACAAAUGACAUGGUUGGGGAUCUAAAUUACACACAGUAGAAGAACCGGCGCCCGUAGACACUGAGAUAUUCGUGAAGAUGAGCGCGGGAUUUGAUACCAUGUAUCAGAGUGACUCUGAAGGGCUCAUGCCAUUGUCCGAUUGAGGAUACAGAACCACGGACCUAAAAAACACAGUUUUAAAGUAGGAAGUUUUGAAAGUCAUUGAAAAUGAUCAAAGCUGAGAGCAAGGGUGAACGCACCCUGCGCAGCGCGUCCCCGCAUAGAAAUGCAUACAAGUCGGACUUCCACGCCAUUAAGUGCUCUUUUGAUGGGACCAAAUCCGACAGCGAGGCCAAAUCUUAUGCUAAUGGAGCCAGCGACCCCCGAGAGGACACCAGAGGGAGGCCGUUUGGCAACCGGAUAAACAAAAUCAAGAACAUUUUCUUGCAAAUGGAUGGCCAGCAAUCACAGGAGAGUCCGGAGAUUAAACCUGCUCACAAAACGGAUGUAUCAUCAUCUCCUGUGUCCCCAGUGUCCAAGUUCCCAGUCAGCACCAACAAAACCUCCCUAAGUAGUGCCAGCAGCCUAGAACCGCAAAACACGGACAGAACUCCAAAGGGAGAGGAAGUCGAGAUAGAUAAAGUUGCCCUGGCGGAGAAGUUUUCAGUGACCAGAAAGCUCUUUGAAAGAGGGAUAAAAGAGCAGCCCGUCGCAGAGAAGCCGGUACCCGGCAGAGUUUCUACUCGGCUGUCCCAGGGGAAGGUGCCUGAGGAGGGACGCGGGGCCCGGAGGUCCUUCGGAUCUUCUGAAAAUAGCAACAGCGAUAGUGUCAGCAAAAGCCCGACGUCACCUGUGAGCAGUGCCCCAGAGGAAAGGAGGGAUGCUGAGGACUCAAAACAGGUCAAUAGACUGUCACUGAAUGCGGGGCCUAUUUCCAAACGGUUGGAGAACUUUAUUGUGGAUGGUGACAAUGAAGAGUCAGUGCAAGUUUCUGCUAAAAGCCCUGAGAAACUGACCAGCCCCACUGAGCACUCAUCUCUACGAGGGCGUUCCCAGAAACCCUCCUCCCCAGGUACUGAUCAAGCGCACAAACCCACAUCCCCAAACUCUGACACAUCACCCAAAUCAUUCUCACCUAAAACAGAACCUGGUAGCCCUCCGUUCAAGUCCGUCAGCCCGGUUUCAUACAAACCAACCUCCCCGACCAGCAGGAGCACCGGCGAGCCUCUUUCGCCCACUGCUCAUAGUCCAUUUAAACGUCCUCCGUCUUCAGGAAAUGACUUGGUGAAAGAUUCCUCGACAAAUAAACCAACCCAACUUAGUAGUCCUCCUGCGAAUGAUCUCAAAUCUUCUAGCAGUCUCUAUAAACGGCCUUGGAGUCCAGAGGAACCAAAAAGUGAGAACCACGUAAUUCACAGUCCAUCUCAGGACACCUCUCGUGAGCAGGCCACACAGAAUCUAGACCGUGCUGGUGCGGGAGUGGUGCGGGCUGAGCUGGUCGUGGUCCAGAACGAGUCUUCAGAAAGCGAGGAGAAUGACGAAGAGUUUUUGGAGGAUGUUAUGUCAGAGGUGAAGCUGCAAAGGGAACUUAAAUCUGAGUCACCAAAAGAAGAUCUGAACCCUCUGAAGGUGUCAUCGCCUCAAAACCAUACAGAGGACGAACAGCUGAAGAAGGAUGUGUGUUUAUCAUUAGAGCUGAAGAAAGAGGAAGCAAAUCAAGAAGAAGAAGAAGAGGAGGAGGAGGAGGAGGAGGAGAGCAUACAAAAGAGGAGUAACUGUCAUGAAGAUGAUGAGGAGAGUGAGCAGGAAGAUACAGAUGAAUGUGGGAAAAGUUCUCCAGUGUUUUAUAGUUUUGAGAAUGCUGCGUUUGUGGAUGAUAAGGAAGCGUUUCUGGACCAGCAGGAUGAGGAUGAAGAUGAGGUCUAUGAGGAGUACGAUGAAGCUCCUGGUUUGUCAGAGGAUGAGGAACGCUCUCCAAGACGGAAAAUUAGAUUCUCCACCGAGCCGAUACGGGUGUACAGCACGUUCUCUAAUGAAGACUACGACCGGAGGAAUGACGACGUGGAUCCUGUGGCCGCGUCUGCGGAGUAUGAGCUGGAGAAACGGGUGGAGAAGAUGGAUGUGUUUCCUGUGGAGAUAGAGAAAGGUGAUAAAGGGCUGGGGAUCAGUAUCAUAGGGAUGGGUGUUGGGGCAGACCAGGGUCUGGAGAAACUGGGCAUCUUCGUCAAGACCAUCACACAGGAUGGAGCCGCAGAGAGAGAUGGGAGGAUCCAGGUGAAUGAUCAGAUUGUGGAGGUGGAUGGCAUCAGUCUGGUUGGUGUGACACAACUCUUUGCUGCGACCGUCCUCAAGAACACGAAGGGAACUGUCAGGUUUCUGAUUGGCCGAGAGAAGCCAGGCACUCAGAGUGAGGUGGCACGGCUGAUCAGCGAGACCCUCGAGCAGGAACGGCAGCAGCAGCAGCAGGUGGACGACACAUACGAGCAAUCUACUGAAGAGGACGAGCACUACGAGGAUGAGGAGGAAGGAGGGGAGGAUGGCAUCCUGGGUUCCAGUUUCGGCAGGAGGAAUGUGGAAGUGUUCGACCUGCCUGAGAGUGAAGAAAUGUUCCUGCCAUCAAACAUGGACACUGCUCAGCUAAUGUUCAGAUUUAAAGAGCUCCAAAUAAAACACACCAUUGCAGAGGCGGAAGUAGAUGAACUGAAAGAGAGAUUGAGGGAGUCGUCAGAGGAGCGUGCGGCGUGGGAGGCGAGGGAAGCUCAGUUAGAGAGGAGCGUUCAGGAGAACUCUGAGAGAAUCGCUCAGAUGGAGAAGAACUGGCUGGAGGCUCAAGCUCUCUGUAAAAGCAUCAACGAACAGCUCAAUGACACGCAGAGCCAAUAUGAAGCUCUGGAUAAAAAAUACAGCAAAGCCAAGAAACUGCUCAAAGACUAUCAGCAGAAAGAGGUGGAGUUUGAUCAGAGGGAGGAGGAGUUAAGGAGAACUCUGGAGGAGAAAGAGGCUGCAUAUAAAACUCAGAUAGAGGAUCUGCAGCGGAGGCUGGCAAAGCUUGAAUCUGGCAGUGGUCAUCAUGAGUCUCCACUGUCAGGCAGUAAGUCUGCAGAUUCACUUCUUUUGGGAGCAGACUGGAGUGAGGUGGUUCCUGAGACGGAGCGUUUGGACACCAGCGCCCAUCGUGCAAGGGCCCAUCUGGCUCAAAGAUCCAAACGGCAGCCACCGUCCCGCAGUAAACUGAAAGAGACGCUCAGCUCCCCGACUGGAUGUGCACAGGGUGAUGAUGAGAGUGAAUCUGUGAGUCCCGAGUCUCCACCGCCUCGUAAGAGAUCAAUCCAGGAGAGUUUGUCCCUGCCGGUGGCCAUAUCUUCCCCUGUAAACCAUCCAAAGGAUGAAGGAUCUGUUACAAGCAGCAGCCAAUCAGUGCAGAGGGAUCCACAGGGCCCCGCCCUCUCAUCCCCCAAAGACUCGUCCCCCUCCAGCUUCCUACGGAAUGUAAAGAAGAGAGAGUCCAAAGGCAAGGGCAAAGAGGUCAAAGACGAGUCUAAUGAUGCAGCUGGAAAAACCAAAAGAAGAUUUCCAGAUUUUGGUGGUUUAAGGAAAUCUGGAGGAAAGGGGAAAAAGCUAAACAAAGAAGCUACAAGGGCAUCACUGGACAGCAGGGGUUCAGCAGAGAUACUGGAGGAGUCCGGGGUCCGAGUCUCCCCCUCAGAGUCCAUGACCUCCAUCCCCACCUGCAUGCCCUUCUCCUGGUUUGGAGAGAAGGACAAAGAGCGAGACAGAGACCCGUCGUCCUCCUCCAGCAGUCUCCCAUACACAACUGCAGAUGCCAGCGAACACACACACAACUCAAAAAACAAGACAAACCUCUCCUGGUCUUCUCUGUUCAGUCGCUCCUUAGAUUUGAGUUUGUCAGUGCUAGAUGAUUCGAACCCCAGCAGUCCUGCGUCAGAAUUUUCUGGGCUGGUGGUGGAGCCCAACCUGUCGGGCCGCUCUCAUACGUUAACCUUCUCGUCCAGCGAGAUGCUGGAUGAGGAGCCUUGCUCUGGAGGGAAGGAAUAUCAUUGGCAGAACCGUCCGGUCUCUGAUUGGACGUCUCAGCAGGUGUGUCAUUGGCUGAUGGGUAUGAACAUGGAUCAGUACACACCUGAGUUCAGCACACAGGCCAUCGAUGGACAGCAGCUCCUGAACCUGGACAGUGACAGACUCAAGGCUCUUGGUGUGUCCAGUCAGACUGAUCGUGCCACCAUCAAGAAGAAACUGAAGGAGAUGAAGAAAGCACAGGAAAAGAUGGAGAAACAGCGGGAGAAGCGUGAGAAAGAGGCCAGACGCAGCGGACGACUGCCUGCCAGCACUGACUCCAUCUGCUGAUGAUGUUCAGUGUCAUGUUUUCUUCUUUUCUUCAUCUUGUUUCCUUAAUGUUUGGCACACUCCAGCGGCAGACUGUUACCACUUCCUCCAACACACACGAGCCGUUCUAGAGGAGUUACUGUCAGUGAAUAUCAUCAAAUACAGAGUACGGUCAGUAAUAACCUGUCAAACUGAAACACUAAUGAAGCUGCUUAUGAGAGCAUCUUUCCACUCAAACAUGAGCAGAAUAUACAUGUUCAUCUAGAGGUAGUGAACUUAAUAAGAAAAGCAUUUACAGACUCUACCCAUUUUGGGCCUGUUGCUUUCACUGUUAAAAAAUGUUUUUAAUCAGUAUUUUUGACUUUUUUCCCAUUAAAAAUCUAAACAUCCUGAAACAAGAUAAAUAUACUUGCAUAAGAAGCCAAAUUGCAUUAGAGACAUCACUAAAAUUUGAUACAUUUGUUAAAAUAAAAGCUUAAUUUGCCAGUGAAGAAAGAUACAUUUAAUUUAUAUUCUCUGAAAAAAAAAAAAUAUUUUGAGAGAAUAUGAAUUUAAGACAAAAUACUGAUUAAGAAAAUAAUUUUUGCAGUGUUCCGAGUGAGAUAUUUUUCGUUUAGACUAGCUUGUGAGAAAAUUAAUAUGGCUGUCCAUUGUAUAGCAGACCAAAACUCUUAUUAGUUUUAAUUGUAUUUUAUGAAACCACUCUAGGGGCUAAAAACACUCACUAAGGGAUAUAUAAAUAUUUAGAUGCCUAUUUUCGCAACUUUGCCACUAACAUUGUGGCACGAAUAGUGCUUUUAAAAAGAUUUCAUGUUGUAUUUUAGUACUUCUGGCCUGUGGUGCUAAACGGGUCGUUCUGCUGGAAACCUGUACAGUCGAGUGAUAUUGAGCACUAUAUUUUUACUAUAACAAAGGGGAACAUGGUUUAUAAAUGUACAAAUGAAAUAUUUUAUACACAAUUAUUAGCAUAGCUUUAAGGAAAAGACAUUAACUUUUGUACACAUUUUCUACUAAGUAGAAUAGCUUGUUGGUUAAAACCAUUGUGCUAAUUCUGAGACAAAGCAGAGAGUGAAACUCAGUGAAAGGUGUUUGUACAUCUGAUCUUGAUGAAUACAUACUGUUGGUUGUCUUUAUUUGGACGGUUACUGCUUUUAUGUUAUGGAUAUGGUGCAGAAAUACAUAAUGUUACAAAAAGUAGCAUAGUUUUAUUAGCGGCCAUCACCCAGAUUGUGUUUCACUAAUAACAGAGGAUGUAAUGAAUACUGGAUUAUCAUCUGAACAUAAACUUUGUUCGAAGAGAUGCCACCUGUGCUUAUGUCAUCAUGAUUCUGUGUCCUGUGGUUAUAUUUUUCUACCUUGUAAAAUAGAUGAUUUUGGACACACUGAAAUACAAAAUCAAGCUUUCUGUCUGGUACAAAGUGCAUAAGCUGGAAAAUAAAUGCUUUCACCUCUCAAAGAAAA